AUGACGCCGCCUCCAAAUUAUGGAUCCUCCAAGAAGAGAAGAGGAAGAAAUUGCUGCUUCAUCUGCCUGGCCGUCCUUCUCCUUCUGGGCCUUCUCUUCCUCAUCUUGGGCCUCACCGUUUUUAAAGCCGAAAAGCCCGUCACCACUGUUAACUCCGUUUCUCUACGGGAUAUGGAUUUCUCUGUCGACAUCGCCAGGCUCCAAGUUCACCUCAACGUCACCCUUCAGGCCGACAUUUCUGUCAGAAAUCCCAACCGGGUGGGGUUCAAAUACGAGUCUACUUCCGCCAUCCUACAGUAUAAGGGCCAGGUCGUGGGAGAUGCCCCUAUUCCGACAGGCGAGAUAGGUUCCCGUGAAACGCGUCCGAUGAAUAUUACCCUCACUGUAAUGGCCGAUCGCUUGCUUUCCAAUUCCGGUUUGUAUUCCGAUGUCCUUUCCGGUUCUGGUACGUUACCCCUCACUACUUAUGUGAUAUUAUCAGGGGUGGUCCGAGUUCUGUUCAAAAUUCACGUGAAAACUACUACUUCUUGCGAUUUGUACAUCGAUGUUCUUAACAGGAAGCUCGCCAACCAGACUUGUCAUUAUAAGACCAAGCUAUGA